AUGGCGUUUCAUUUUGUUGUCACGGUAACAGUCUUAGCUUGCUUGGUAAUGGUCAAAGAUGGCGACUUUUUAGAACGUGGAGGUGAUGAAACGAUUAUGCACGAAGUGGGACCUUACGUCGGUGGCGGUGAGUUUAAUCGUGGGAUUGGUGAAAGUCUCUCCGGCGGUAUCUUAGGGGGUGGAAUGAUGGACUCGGGGUUCGGUAUGAGCCACAAGUAUGCAGGUAGCCCAAGAAUCGGGGGAGGUAUUGGUGGAAUACAGCGAGGCAUCAGUGGUGGCAUUCUUGGCAGCGGACGUGGACAGUUUGGAAAAUUUAGAGGAGGGCGGGUAUCAGCAGGUCUUGCUGGGUUUGCUAGAAGACCUCGCCGAGUUGUCGGUAUGGGCGGGAUCCUGGGAGCCAGGAGGAGAUCAUGGAAAAUGUAUUAAGACGAAUAUCGCACUGCGCACUAUAAAUGGCACUUAAUUAAACGGACGUAGACAAGGGAGUUAUACACACUUUAUAUCUGUAUCAUAAUUUAUUGAUUAAUUGUUGCGAAAAUGUUAAAUAGAUAAUAUGCAAAUAG